CGGACGGGGAAGGUGGAGGUCGCCUCGCCGCCCCACCCGCUCCGCGCGCUCCCCGCGAGCCUCGCGCAGCGCCGCGCACCGCGCACCGCCGACACGCGUCUGUUUGCCGGCGCUGGAACCGCAGGGGCGAUGCGGCGGUGACCGACCAUGAGGCCGCCGCCUCCCUCACGCACUCCCGCCCCCGACACCCUGACCGCCCUCAAGGAAGAGGACGACGACGAAGAGGAUAAGCAGCGCCUUCCAUGACUGCAGCCGUCCCCGGGGGGCUGCUGCAGCCGCCUCCGCCGCCCCCCGGCGGCCAGCCCCGCCCGUCCAAGGGGCGGCCCUCGGGCCGCGCGGCACCCGCCGCCGCCCCGGCCAAGAACGGCCCCGGCGCCGCACCCGCCUCCGCGCCGUGCUGCUCCUUCCAGAACAGCCUCGGCCCGCCCGAGUACCGCAAGUGGCGCCGGCUGCACGGCCUGCAGCUGCCGCUGCACCCGCAGCAGGUGGCGGGCUGGGUGACGCUGGCCGCCUUCACGGCCGCCACCUUCCUCGUGCUCGUGCCGGCGCUGGGGCCCGAACUGCGGCCCUCCGUCUUGCCCGUGCUCGCGGUCCUGUUCGCCGUGCACGCCGUCUCGCACCUGACGGCCGUGCUGCUGGACCCGGCUGACGCCCCCCUCCGCCUCCUCCGCGUGCGCACGGCCGUGCCCGAGUUCGACCGCAGCAAGCACGCGCACGUCAUCGAGCACGGCCGCUGCCACCUGUGCAACAUCGCGACCUCGGGCCCGCGCACCAAGCACUGCAGCGUGUGCAACAAGUGCGUAGGCCGCUUCGACCACCACUGCAAGUGGCUCAACCACUGCGUCGGCGGCCGCAACUAUGCCGCCUUCCUGGUGUGCGUCGUGUCGGCCGUGCUCACGGCGCUGGUCGUGGUGGGCGUGGCCGUGGCCGAGCUGGUACUCUACCACGUGGAGCCGCGCUGGCUGUCGCCCUGGACUUACGGCGCACCGCACAGCCGUUCGGCCACCGCCUUCUUCGUUCCGGACACGGCGCUCGCCUUUCUGUGCGUGGUGAGCGCCCUGGGUGUGCUGGCCGCGGUUUCGGCCGGGCUGCUGCUGCACCUGUGCCUCUUCCACGUGUACAUCUCCGUGCUCGGCAUCACCACCUACGAGUACAUCCGCCGCUACAGGCAACUGGCGGCCUCGGGCGCUCAGCCGACCCUGCUCCUGCCGCAGCCGCCGCCCCCUCCGCCGCAGCCGCAACCCACGCUGUCCGUCCUGUCAGCGAGCAACGGCGGCGUGCCGCGCUCCCCCAACAGCAGCGCGGACGCGGACGUGCACAGCAACGUGGGCACGCCGCUUGACUCGAGGUUGUCGGACUCGUCGGCGUCGGCCACGCCGCGGCCGCCACCGGCUCGACCCCGCCGCGUGUCCUUCUGCUGCGGCCCCGCUGUCCCCACGCCCACGUCGUCCACGCCGGGCGGUGGGCCGCCGUCACGCGCCAGCACGGCCAGCACCACCAUCCACUCGCCCUCGCCGUCCUCCAUCCUGAAGCCGUCCACGCUGUCCCUGGACAAGGACGUUGACUUGGAGGCGGGCCACGGCUCGCCGUACACCAUCUCGUACCCUGGCCGCGAGGAGGUGGCCGAAGACACGAUGUGCUGCGCGUCGCUGCGCUCCAGCGGGUCCAGCGCCUCGUCCAGGCGCUCCAGUGGCAGCAAGGCACGGCUCAAGGGCGGCUCCAGCAAGUCGGCCUCGGAGAUGAGCUUCCGCACGGGCGGCUACCAGCAGCCCGAGGUGACGGAGUACACGGGCUGCGAGUGCAACCCGGCACGCAUCCCCGUGGGCCCGCCGCCGACGUCCACGCUGCGCGCGCCGCGGCCGCGGCAGGCCCCGCCCCGCCAGCAUCGCCCGCCGCGGCCGCAGGCGCAGCAGCAGCAGUCCUUCCUCAGCCGGCUGUGCUCGUCCUUCAGCGCGCCGCACCCCCGCGCGGGCGUGGCGUACCCGGCGGGGGUGGGCGCGGGCGUGCGCCGCAACCAGGUGCGCCCCACGGCCGAGUCCCCGCAGGCCAGGCUCAUGGGCGGCGACGGCGGCGGCCGCAGCGCGCACGGCACCAAGUCCUCGCGCAGCAACGGCAAGCACGCCGGGAAGCACGACGACCGGCCUCGGCGCCCGUCCUCCGCCGACAGCAACAAGUACUCGCCGCUGCCCGCGCUGCCGCAGCCCUCGCGCCGCCGGCUGCAGGGCGUCUCGCUCAAGGAGCUCGGUGACGUGCUGGCGUACGCGCAGGACCCCAAGCAGGUGCCGAAGCAGGAGCCCAAGCCGCAGCCGGCCGCACAGCCCGCGCCAGCGCGCAGGUCGCCGCAGCAGGUCAAGCAGCAGCUGCCGCCCGCGCCCCGGCGGCACCCGUCCGACCCGGUGCGGCGCGCGGCGCUCACGCGCUCGGGACGCCGCCGCAGCAGCACCCCGCAGCCCGCCAGACCCAAGUCCCCCACGCUGUCGCCCAUCCACGAGAGCGGGCUGUCCAACCCGCCCACGCCGCAGCGGCCGCGCACCACCCGCACCACGCCGGACAGCCCGCCGCAGCAGGCGCAGGAGCUCAUCCCCAGCAGCGACCCGGAGGACGCGGACGACGAAGAGUACGCCCACAGCAUCCUGUACAUCGACGAGGACGACGCCUCGUUCUUCACGGCGUCCAUGUCGUCCAUGUCCUCCGCCAUGACGCCGCUGACGCCGCUCACGCCCAUGACUCCCCUCACGCCCAUGGGGCCCAGUGGCGGCUUCUCCAGCUGGGCGGCCCACAAGGAGGCGCGGGCACCCGCCUCCGCCUUAUGA